AACGACCUACAGAAGGCUGUCCGUCGUUCGUCGCCGGGGGAUGGACGUCCUUCGGGAGCUUUAUCGCCCGUAUCCUGCGGCAUGUAGGGAGCGAGGGAAAAAGGACGCUGGAGGAAUCCAAUUACGAAAGGACGCGGCAUAACGCGACGUCAGCCGCCGCCGGAUAGGACGCGCGCCCCGCCAUAAGUGGCACCGGCGUCGUCGAGGCGUCAGAUCGGUGGUGCCCCGCCCCCAAGGUGUCAGUGGCAGCCUCCCUCCCUCCGGACCUCUUCUUCGGGCGUAAAUAGCCAGCAACAGCGAGACAAACUUGCAUACCUGCUUCACCUGCCGACUUGGUCGCAUGUUCAGAGAUACAUAUAUAUAUUUAUACACGUAUACACACGCACACACACACGCACAGCAACAUUCAUUCACACGUCUCAACACCUUCCAUCAGAUAAGGCAGCAUCGUCAAUAGCCAUCGGCGAGUCAUCGUGAUGACUUUGGCUGAGAUCGUCUUGGUUCUCGUGGCGGCCGUGGCCACCCGCAGCAUCGCCCUUCCUCCCGUGGUCCUCCGGGAAGCGACGACGCCCCUCGGGCAUGCGGAUGUGCAUCCGAAGGGACCCACGAAACUCCUUCAGGCAUUCGGUUUAUCUCAACCCGGCGUCCGCCGGUGGCACUCGGAGCCUCCGCAGUAUAUGCUGGAUCUAUACAACGAAGUGGCGGAGCCAAAUGGCCUGACGCGUCUUCCUGGUCCGUAUGGUGCCACGGUCAUCCGGGCCUUCUCCGAGAAAGAUGGGAGCAGUGAGUCCAGAUUCGCAUUCUCUGUUAGUGGAUUCGAGGUUGGCGAGGAAACUCUGGAGGCAGAACUUCACGUUUACCACGCGAGGCUGCAGAAGGCCCACAGGCAUCUCCUGGACGACAACCUCUACACGCUGGAAGUGUCGGCGGAGGUCGAGGGAGACGAGCCCCGCGUGUUGGCCAAGCAGCACGUGGCAGCCCACAGCAGCGGGUGGCGCGUGUUCCAGGUGGGGGGCAAUGGGCUCAUGAAGGUGACGGCGCCGGACGACUCGGAGGAGGAAGGGGCCGACGGCGAAAAGCAAGUCGUCCUGCAGGUUGUCGCUAAGACCCUCCAGGGGAGUACUUUGCCCCUAGCGUUCCAUCACGGACUCCAGGGGACCCGUCGGCCGCUGUUGGUCUUCUUCAACGCGUACGGGACGAGUGACAGUCAGUACGCGCCUACGACGCUUCACAGAGGCGCGGACAAACCCGCAGCACCCAGAAAGGAGUACGAAGCACCGUCCAUCAACCGCGUGAGACGAUCCGCAUCGGACGAGGAAACCACCGUCGCGCCCGCGUCGGAAAUCCCUUCGGGAUGCGAGCGCCGGGACAUGCUGGUCGACUUCGCCAGCAUCGGCUGGUCCUCCUGGAUCGUGUACCCGACCAGCUACAACGCCUACCAGUGCUUGGGCCAGUGCAGCUUCCCGCUGGGUCAGGACCUCAACCCGACCAACCACGCCAUCGUGCAGAGCAUCAUCAACAACUCGGGGGACUUCCCCCUCGUCCAGAGGCCCUGCUGCGUGCCCUCCACCUACGGGAACCUCUCCCUCCUGUACUACGACGCCGACGAGAACGUCGUCCUCAAGCAGUACGACAAGAUGGUGGCCAUCGAGUGCGGUUGCCAUUAAGGGCUGUCAUCGCUUCUAGUAAUUCUUUCCUGCGCUCUCGAGAGGUGGGAGCUCAUUUGGGGUCUGAGGAAGACAUAGAGUCGUGUCAAAUAAAUCGUCUUGAGGUCAUCAAGCCAAUAUGAGUCUUUGCUGGGAACUGCCGCCCGUAAGUGACGGAAAUGUGGUGCUCGUACCUGUUGCAGGUGUUGAAUCCAUCAGUCGAAGAAUCAAACCUUAUUCUCGUGGAAAUUCGAUCGAGUACAAAGAGAGAAUAGAAAGGACUUCUUUUUUAAAAGCUAAAUGGAAUGCUGCAUCUUUUACAGGAAGUGGAAAUCUUUUUGCCAAGUAAAACUUAGAGGUUAAUACAAAACAAAACUAUGGGUAGAUGUUCAAGUUCCUCUUACAGUUAGACGUCAUGUUUAUGCUUUAGUUAGUACAUACAUAUGAUGUCAUGUUUAGUUG